AUGAUGUCGGCAUUCACCGGGCCACUUCCCGCGUGCCACUUCAGGUCAUGGGCCAGUGACUGGCGAAGUGUUCGGUUGGGCUGCAGCGCCGUGGGUGAGAAAUCCAAGGUCCACUGGAAGCUCUUGAAAUAUCAAUUGCAUCGAUGUUUGACGAACAGAUCCAGCUGCGACGUCUCCGAGCUGCUGGGAGCGCUACUUCCAGGCGCUCGAGGAGACGAGCGAAGCGCGCUACAAGACCUUUGUGCUAUCCUCGGCAGAGCUGAGAUUUGCCCAGCUCCAUUGCCACGAGGAUCGACUUCGGGCAAAGCAAACCGGAGGAGUUGGCGUGAAAAGGAUGAAGAAUGCUGGCUGGGAAGUAUCACCACCAUGAUCGCAGCCUUUGCAGUGGCCCUGGAAGAUUUGCAGCGCCAAGUCUCCCAGAUGAGACGCUUUCUACUUCAAAGAGCCAGAAGAUAUCUGCUCCGAGCACUGGGAAGAUUUCAAAUUCCAACCCUGCAAGUCUUGCUCUCUGGCUGGCCCAUUCUUCAGUUCUUGCGACGGCUCCCUUUGGUGUUUCCUCAGAAUGCCGAGUCAAUGGAGCUUCACCGGCGUGCGCAUGUGCUGUCCCAGGAGGCUCCUCGCUGCUUGACUCGGACCCCGAUGGGAACGAGUCCGGGGGCGAUACAUCACUGUGCGUGUUUGGCUUUGAAGCCUGUGGCCAAAGCUGCAACUCGUGCGUGGCUUGGCGGGCAAUCCCUCUUGGCGCAGAGUCAGAGGCCGAGUGCUCGAGCUUUGCUUCGAGCCCAAGAUGCCUUGAUGACAGCACUUUCACCGUGGCACGGUGGCACACCCCCACGGGGUGGGGUCAGCACCGAGUUUUUUGCUUCCCAGCGCUCAGAACUGUGGCCACUGGAUUUUUGGAUCCCCAGCAUCUCGGUGAACGACUGGCUUGGGCGAGCCGGCAGUGUGGGGAACUGGCAAAGAAGUUUUGAAGGACAGUUAUUCGCCCCGGAACAAGUACAGACACCGGAUGCAGCCAACUUGGAUGGCUUGGCCUUUGCCACACUCCUGGAGCCCACAGAGGAGGACUUUGAGGAGUGGCUGCAGGCGCUCAAUGUGAUGUCUUGGAGUUUGCUCCGGUUUCAUGCCAAUCCGAGCAGCGGCGAGCAACGACUUGCCGUCCCUCUUCUAGUUCUUUGCCAACAGGAGAGACCACUGGAACUUAGUCAAAAGCUGCUUCAGAGGAACCUGAUCCCGGUGCCCGUGCCACCCGUGCGGCACCACCCGGGGGGCUGGAGACGCUUGCAUUUGUGGCGCUUCGUCCACUUGCGGAGGAUUCUCUACUUAGAUACCGAUGUCUUGGUGACUGGGAACCUGUGGCCUUUGCUUCAGCUUCCCGCGGCAGUUCACUUUGCAGCCACUGGCUUGGGUUUGGACCAUCAAGAAAUCAGGCAUCAGAGGCUGAACAGUGGAGUCAUGGUCAUCACCCCAGAUUUGAGGAUCUUCGAUGCUAUGGGGCGUGCAUUGCUGGAGGGCCUUUUGGAUGAGCAUCCUGAGUUCCGAUUACAAGGAUACUUGGAUCAAGCUUGGGUGGACCUCUUCUUCCGCUACAUCUCCAGUGAGCCCAGAGGAGCCUCUGUGAUUUGGGAUGAAGGACUCCCCUCCAAUGCUUCCGUUUGGGAGGUGUGUCCUCCCACGGGAAUGGAAGAAGAGCCUCCAGAGGUGAAAAAAGUGCCCGUGGAGCGCAUCAAAGGGGCCAAAGCUUUGCCUCUCAACGAGACUUGGUCGGCAUCGGUCGGUCGUUGUGGGUGA